AUCAAACACUAUGACCAGAAAAGCAAUGACUGACAGGACAAAGCAGAGGAAGAACUGACAUGACAUAAACCUGGAUGCUUUGAGAAGGAAGGCUUGUAAGAUAAAACAUCAGGAGAUCUUCAGCUGGACUGAAGUGAGACUAUCAGAGAGAAGGGAGAGAAGACGAGAGCAGAUCUAAAAGGACAUAGACCCUUACAGGAUAAAGAGAGGAACCAAACAGAAGAAGAAAAACGGGGUUGUUGACCUCUUGACCCAACAAGUGUCCAUCAGCAACUUGAAUCAUCAUGGACAAAGAUACAGGAUUAAAUCUUACAAACGGCUCCUCACAGCAUCAAGACACACAGCUGUUCUCAUCUGAAGAAGACAGCAGCCUCUACUUCACCUACAGUGGAGGGUGCAAUGAGCUUGAGGUCAGCAACCUGCACUAUGAGGUGGACACAGCAGCUCAGAUCCCCUGGUAUGAGAGGUUGUCAGAGUUCAAGUUACCAUGGGAGAUAAAAGGAAACAAGCAGACAGCCAUCAACAAGCUCAGCCUCCGGGUUCGCAGUGGACAGAUGCUGGCUGUAAUUGGCAGCUCAGGCUGUGGCAAAACAUCUUUGCUGGACAUAAUAACAUGCCGUGAUGAAGGUGGUACAAUGAGGUCUGGUCAGGUUUUGAUUAAUGGAAAACCCAACACGCCUCAGCUGGUGAAGAAGAGCAUCGCUCACGUCCGCCAAGACGACCGCCUUCUACCUCAUCUCACUGUCCGGGAAACUCUUGCCUUUGUUGCCAAACUAAGGCUCCCGACCCACUUCACACAGGCUCAGAGGGACCAGAGGGUGGAUGAUGUCAUUGCAGAGCUGCGUCUUCGACAGUGCGCUCACACCAGAGUGGGAAACGACUAUGUGAGAGGAGUUUCUGGUGGAGAGAGGAGGAGAGUUAGUAUAGCUGUCCAGCUUCUCUGGAACCCAGGAAUUUUAAUCCUGGACGAGCCGACGUCAGGUCUGGACAGCUUCACAGCCCACAACCUGGUGAUCACACUGUCCCGUCUUGCAAGAGGAAACCGUCUGGUCCUGCUGUCAGUCCAUCAGCCUCGAUCAGAUAUCUUUCAGCUCUUUGACCUCGUUGUUCUGCUUUCAUCUGGUUCAGCUGUUUAUUGUGGUCCUGCUCGUGACAUGGUGCCUUACUUCACUGCAUUGGGAUACCCCUGCCCUAGAUACUGCAACCCCUCUGACUUCUAUGUUGACCUGAUCAGUAUAGACCGGCGUUGUCCGGAGAGAGAGGCCGAGUGUUUGGAGAGGGCCAUGGUUCUGUCUGAGCGGUUCAUGGAAAAGGUUAGAGACACAGAUGAUCACAUGUGGAAACCAACUGGGACCACCACAGCACAGGCACUAACUGAAAGCCCUCAGGAGCUGAGCAAAAUGAACAAAGAAGAAGUAAUCACUAUUUCAGAGAGAGAAAACAAACUGCCUGGCCGUCUUCACCAAUUCAUGAUCCUCAUCAGGCGUCACAUGUAUAAUGACUACAGAGAUCUGGUCACUUUAUUGGUUCACGGCUUAGAGGCGCUCCUCAUGUCACUGCUGGUCGGUUGUCUGUACUACGGAGCUGGAGAAAAUCGCCUGUCCAUUCAGGACACCGUGGCUCUCCUCUACAUGAUCGGAGCUCUCACCCCAUUCGCUGUGGUGCUGGACGUCAUAGCUAAAUGUCACUCAGAGAGAGCGAUGCUGUACCAUGAGCUGGAGGAUGGCAUGUACUCAAUCACCUCUUACUUCUUUGCCAAAAUCUUGGGGGAGUUACCGGAGCACUGUGUGUUCACCUUGGUGUAUGGCCUGCCCAUCUAUUGGCUGGCUGGACUGAACGAGGCUCCAGAGCGUUUCCUGCUUAACUUCUUGCUGGUGUGGCUGAUGGUUUACUGCAGCCGUAACAUGGCUCUGUUUGUAGCUGCAUCUCUGCCCACCCUGCAGACCUCGGCCUUCAUGGGAAACGCCCUGUUCACUGUCUUCUAUUUGACCGGAGGGUUUGUAAUCAGCCUGGAGAAUAUGUGGCUCGUGGCCUCAUGGCUCUCUCACAUCUCCUUCAUGCGGUGGGGUUUUGAGGGCAUGUUGCAGGUGCAGUUCAGAGGCAACGAUUACAUUUUCACCAUUGGAAACAUCACCCUCAAUGUGGAUGGCAUACACGUGGUGGAGGCCAUGGACAUGAACCAGUACCCUCUGUACUCCUGCUAUCUGGUCCUGGUGGCCGUCUGUCUAUGCUUCAUGGGGCUAUAUUACUUGUCACUCAGAUUUAUCAAACAGAAGUCCAGUCAGGACUGGUGAACAAAUCUGGAACAUGUUCCACCAAUCGGAGCACUGCUCAUUUUUAAAAGGUGUUUUAUUUUGUAGCAGUGAAGAAUUAAUUAAGGUCCCAGUUCGACUGGUUCGACUGUGAGCCAUGUUUUUUGUUGUGAUUUUACCAUUCUUGUAAGUAUGCUUUGAUUUGGAAUAUAUGAAUAUAUGUUUUUAAAUUCACAUUUGUAUAAUAACUUUAUCAUCAGAUACUCCUUAUUCUAAUGUUAGAAAGAAUCACCCUUGUACCACAGCAGGGUGUUAAAAAUUCUUAAUAUGUGAAGUAAUUUUACCAUAUGCUCUUGUACACACUUUAAGGUAGAAUUUAAGCAGCACUUGUUGCAGUACCUCUGUCUGCUGCUGGGUGGCAGCAGAGUACUGCAGUAUUCUUAAUGUUAAAAAACAAUUGUAUUUCUUCCUCUCUGCUCCUUCUUGGCAAAUGAUUAGAGCACCACUUUGGCAGAUAUCCAUCUGCAGCUUUUGCUUGUUCCCCUUUUCAAUCUUUUUCUACAGCUUUAUCUUUUGUAUAUGUAAGGUUAUUAAGCUUAACAAUGUGUGUGCCUGUAUAGGAAGCAGUGGAAAAAAGAGCCGAGUAGAGAUUUAGUAAGUCACACUCAGGAAAAAAAAGAGCUUGUACUUGUGUCCUCAUAGAUUGAAGAUUAUGUAGGCUGUGUUUUUGCUCUGGUGCAAAAGCCUGAUAAAUGUUUUACUGACAUGGUUUAAGUCCAAAUUAGUAAAGCAUUAAAUCAAAUUGCUCCUCUUGAGCAUGUUUAUUUCUGUCAUCAUUCUGUCCGCUAUCUCUGUUGCCUCAGCUGCAUGCUGGAGUCACUCACAGAUGUGCAGUUUUAUAACUCUGAAUGUUUUUGGUAAAGUGAACAUCUCCAAUAUUUAUUCUUCAGUCUGGCUAGUUUUAGAGCCACAAAGCCCCUGAAAGUUUUUCUUUCAAUGUGCAGUCAUGUAGGAAUUACCAAGUGCAUCUAACACCAUAACUAUAAGUAGAAAAGUUUGUUUUAAUAGAUCUUCUGUUUAUAUCAAUGUUAUCAAACAAAAAAUGUCUCAGUUUGCUUUAGAUAAUUGCACUUACCUUUAUUGACAGUCAGUUGUAAAAUGCACUAAAAAUAAGUCCUGAUUUACAACAGUAUAAGCCAUGACCAUGUUAAUUCUUCCGUUGUCUAAAUUUGUAUCCAAAUUAAGCUCUGCUGCUCAGUCUGACCCUCUGACGUCAAUCAGAGCACGACCAGUGUGCGUUAUCUAAGAUUGACCUCAGUCAGGACCAAGAACAGUUUGGGUUAUGUGAGGGAGGAAAAUAUGAGGCUGAUAUUGGAGAGCAGAAAGAGUUUUGAGCCAAAAAGUUGAAGACUGCAGAUUCAGGUCAGGAGACAGAGCAAACAAGAGGUUGUGUCAGGGUAACACUUUUUCAGUUAAAUGGUGUGCAGAUGCUUUCAAGGGCUUUAGUUAGAUCUAAAUAUCUUUGUUGUUUUAUUUUUAAUUACAUGGUCAGGCAUGUUUUAACCAUUCUCCAUUCAUCCAGAGAAGUUAAGACAUUUUCACCUGACAUGGGCCUAAUCACAGUGAUCAUAUAUCCCAAAUGUAUAUCUCAAUUAAAGCAUGUUAGUGAAAAUGCAAACACUGGAAAUAUGACUUUGGAGAAAACAGAAAUCUCUGGCAACAGUUAUUAUUAUGAGCUGGGUUUCUCAAACUCUUCAGCCCGUGACCCCCAAAAUAAACAGGCCAGAGACUGGGGACCCCAACUGGACCUGAGGGUGGUCAAGCAUAGUUAACCACAACUGUGCACAUUUAAGAAUAAUAAUCCUGUGCAGGCUUACAUUUUAAGAUUUUGAUUCCAGCACAAAUCUCACCAAGUGACCAUGUUUUAGUUAAAAUUUUUUACUAAAUUUAUGCAUGUAUAUUUUUUUAUAAAAAUGGGUAAAAUGUGCAAUUCAAGAUCAUUUAAAGAUAUUUUUCAUUUUUUGGAAGGCAUCUGGUGACCCCUCAGUGGGUCCUGACUCUAAAACUGAGAACCACUGGAAUAAAGAACAGUUUUAUAAGACUAGAUUGGUCUAAUAAAGUUGUUCUUCAAACAAUACGUAUUGCUGGUAGGGCUGUCAACAUUUGAUUGAUUAACACACAACAUUGAUUAUUUUCAAUAAUUUCAUCAAAGGGGGCAAAAAAUGUGAUUAAUAAAUAUACGGUGAUCAAUCCCACUCUGAUGCCACCACACAACUAUCCAAGGUAUCUCUGUAAACUUGAUUGAAACUUGAUGCUUUAAAUUCUCUGUGCUCUUAAUUCUUAUAAUUUUAUGGAUAACAUCCAUAUUUACAGAUCAUCACCAACCUAGACUGACUAGUAAGUAGACGAUCUGUGCUGGUCUCCACUUGUCCUGUUUCAAAAGCUAGUAGAGAAUUUAGAUGCCUUUCAGAAGCAUGUCCUUUCUAAUUGUUUUGUUACUAUUAACUUUAAAUCUACCAGUAAUUCAAUCUUUCUUAAAAAAUGGACUUAUACUUAAUAAUGGAAUUAAUAGGAUUAAUAGAUUACAAAGCCUAUAAUUAAUUAGAUUUUUUUUUUUUUUUUGCUGUAAAUAUUUGUUUCUUUCAAGAUUUUAUUCAUCCUCAGUGCACCAUGGAAGUUGGUGAAUUUGUGCCAGAAAUACCUAGCCUAUGUCAGGUCUUAAGAAUACAUUAGAAAACCCUUUAUAUAAACUGUUUUUUAAUGUACUUAGGGAGAGUAUGUAGUUGUAUGCCAUAACACAGAAACCAAAAGGAGAACAGAACAAAAAUUAAUUAAAUAAAUAUUGCUGUGAACCUUUCCUGGAAGUCUUUUAAAUCUUAAUUAAUUUAAAGCACUGCUCUGUCAACAAAACAAACUUAAUGUAUCAAAAUUCGGAAAUUGCAGAAUUUCUGCAGGGCCUGACUUUUUAAAUGUUGACUGCUGUUGAUGUUUUAACAUGCACACAUUCUUUUAAUAUGUCGACUAAUAAAGAACAGCUACU